AUGUCCCUCCCCUCGCUCGUCCCACGACUAUACGUCGACGUAAACGACAUCCCGCCUCUGAUACCCAAACGCAUUCUGAAAGCCCUCUAUCCCUAUUCCAGCCUCUUCCCUCACGUCGUCGACACUCGCACCGACUGCCCGCCGUGGACCGCUGAACUCGAGGCGUACUUCCAGACCUUCCACUGGCAGGUCUGGGUGUGGUUGACGAUCGAUUGCAUCACGGAGGAAGAAGCGUUGCAGGGCCUGCGUGCCAGACUUGGCGAGUUGGAGCAGUCGAGGCGCGCGCAGGAGGCCGACGAGGGAGCGACUCGCGAAGACUUGAGGACCGCCAUUACGCUCAUCGAGGCGAGACAACGUUUGCGAUGGGAGAGGCUCUAUGGUCUUUGGGACGCUCGCGAGAAAUUCCUCGCCCGCUUCGACAACGGCCGAUGGCGCUUUUCCACCAAAAAGGCGAUUGCUGCGGCUCUCGGAACUGCCGACUUCAAGCAUCCAGAGGCGGCGGAGCAGUCGUUGUGGCCCAUCUCUGAACCGCCGGAAGACGACGUCGACGUCAUCCGCCUGACCGAGAAAGACAGCAAGUGGACGCAGUACGCUAUCCCAGCAACUCCGCCAGCAGGGGAUUCCGUAACGGAGAACAGGAGCUGGGAUGCCGCCGACUCGGAUCUGGACGACGAGGCGAGCCUGCCUGUGCCGGAUCACCCGUGGCGAGAAAGCGACGCGGUACCUCUUCUCGCCGCGCCCGUCAAUGGAGCGCGCUCGUCCGGCUUCUCUCUCAGUUUCUCCGGUCUACUUCGCCACCGCUCCCCUCAGGCCGUGUACCUGACGCGCUUCUCCCCUGCGAAGGCUCGACUUCCCCACCAGCUUUUACAACACUCGCAUCGCAUAGCACCUCGCGGACCGAACUCGACGGCAUCCUCGCGCUUCUACCUCGACAAGCAGACUCUCUCGUCUCUUCUGCUCCUCGCCGCCUUCCUUCCUCCUCACCUCGGCGGUCGUACCAUCCUUCCCCUCCUUCUGUUCCCCGACUAG